AUGCACGAUACCGGUAGCCAAAGUCAAAGACAUGUAUGGAAAAUUCAACAAAAUGAUAGUCAACCCAAUUGCCACAAAAAGAUUGAAAACUGCUUUUGGCAUAUAUAUGAGACAGAGAAUAGUAACAUUACCACUAGGAAAUCAAACUCUGUGCAUUGUGACAUUGCCACCUUCGCCACAGGGACACCUACCUUAGCCCCGAUUACCACAGAUGAUAACGUGAAUAUGCUACGUAAUGUCAGUACUGAGUUUAUUUCGACAGCAAAAAUGAAAUCGACUCAACUUCAACAUGCAUCAACACAAUAUACCGCAAUACACCAAAACGAAAAGAGUACGGCAAUUGGAGACUAUGAUGUAGAGGGUAGUGGCAGUGGGUCUAGCUUAGCGACAGUUGAUAGGCGGCCAAAAACAGACUUUGAAAACAGCGACAUCUCCGUUGGCUUUUGGAAGCAGUUAAUUACUACCGUCUAUACAGAAUAUCGCAGCACAAGCCUCGCGCUGACGAAAAUGUCGCACACAUCACCUAAGACCGAAAUAAUUACUAAGCCUACCAAUACCGAAUACACAAAUGAACAACAGACAGCAAAUUCUGCUGAGGAGUACAUAGAUGGCGAAACCAGUGCUGAAAUAAUGAAUAGGCCUACCGAUACUGGGUACACGGAUAAACGACAGACAAAAAAUGUUGGUAUUCAUUGGACUGCAGGUAUUAUAAUGAUGAUGAUGUUUACUGGAGCUGUAGCUUGUACCUUUGUCUUUGGCUGUCUUUGUGUCCUGUAUGGCUUAAUACUAAAGCCUAAGGAAAGACGUAGAAUUUCACCAGAAUAGUUGGAAAGAGUUAAUUGAAAAGUAACGUAAUAUUGUGAUAAACUGUAGAAGCAAGCACAUAAUUAAUUUUAAUUAAAUGUGAUAAGUUGUAUAUCAAACUGAUUAUUAUUUACAGUAUGAAGUAGUUGCACAAACAAAGAGGUGUAGCCACGUGGAACCAGUGGCGUAUCUGGGUGGCGGUCGCACGCUCCU